AUGAGAUCCUUAGGAUGUCACGAGCGCGUAGGAUUUCGCGGAUCUCGAUUCCGAGGUCGUUUGACUAUCGAACGGAUUAUCGCAUAUUGUGCGUUAUCCGGGUUCGAUAUAUUCCGACCGUUGGAUCAUUUCCAAAUUGAAGAAUUCGCGGAUCAUGAAUCGGAGCCCCGGAUGUUUCGAUUCAAUAACUUAAAGUUUACGUUAUACGAUAACCGUCCGAUCGUAAGCGAUCUAACCAUCCGUUUCAAACCAAACUUACAGGACGUGCAUCUUAGACCUUGUAAAACCUUUAGGAACUCCCGGAUUGAAAAACAGAGGUUGUGGGUCUCGUGGGCCCGGUUGACCCAAUUUGAGAAGUUUGACCGCCUGGUUGACCGAAUGUCUCUCGAGGCUUUUCCAUCGUCCGGUUUGGGUAGUUGGACCUUAGAACGUCUCUUUCCGCGUACACUCACUAGAAACCCGGGAACUAGGUACUCCGACCACGCAUACGCAGCAGGCAGGGCCCUCUUAGGGUCAAGCAGUGUGGGACUACUUUACUAUUUAUUCAAGGGUGGAAAGUGA